UUGCUUCUUCUCUCUCAUAUUUCUAAGUUUGUCGUCUCUUCGUUCACUUUAUUUUCUCCAUGCAGGUAAAUAACAAAAACAACAACAAAAAAACGAAAGAAUGGUCAACUGGUUGACCUAUUUUUGAUAAAAUUGUUAUAUAUAGAAACCAAAAAUCUUUCAGAGUUGCACAUGGUUUGAUGGCGCUAAGAAAUUUGAUCGCCUCGAAAUUCAAACCCAUUCUUCUUAUAUGUCUCUGCAUUCUAACUGUACAUUUGGUGAUUUUCGAGGUCUAGUUUUUUUUUCUGAGCAAAAUUUGAAGCAAACUAAACAUUUUGCAGGUUCCUUCACUCUAUGAGAACUUUUCAAUAGUUCCAAGUUCAUUUCUGGGCGAUGUCGAUGUUUUGGAAGAAGUGCUAAGCAACACGGCAAGUGAGGUUCCAUUAUUCAACAUCUCAAAUUCUCAAACAACUCCUCCCACCGGAGAUCUAGAAAAUGUAACAAAUUUCAUGGAAGACGUCAAAAUCUUUCUUCAUCAAUCCGAUUCCUCUCCAAUUUGUAAUUCAACACCUCCCGGUCUAGUCGGACCAAUUCGGGUUUACCUUGAUGAACCCGAUUUCGAAACAAUGUCGAAAAUGUAUUCGGAACUUCGCCCGGGUGGACAUGGAAUGCCUGAGAAAUGUCAGGCGAGACAUCGUGUCGCAAUUAUUGUGCCGUAUCGAAAUCGAGAAAGUCAUUUGAAAAUUUUAUUGCAUAAUUUACAUUCGGUUUUGAAAAAACAACAGUUGGAUUAUGCGAUUUUUAUUGUUGAACAAGUGGCAAAUCAGACUUUUAAUCGGGGAAAAGUUAGUUUUAAUGAAAAAUUUCCCAAAAAAACCUGAAUUUUGGAUAAAAAAGUCCCAAAUAUUUGGUUUUUCAAAAUUUUUAGGGUUUUAAAAUAUUCUCCCCAAACUUAUUAUUUAAAAUUGGUGAAAAAAUUAACAAAAAAAAAAUUUUUUUAGAAAAUUUCUUGAGAAAACUGAAUGUUGUACAUUUUUCAAAAAACUUUUCAAUUUUGGCUUAAAAUUUCAGAGAAAUUUAUAUUUUCCAGUUUUUAUUGCACCUUUUCCCCCGAAUUUUCGAAAUUUCGAGUUCAAAACACCUAUUCACACUACACAUUUUUCCCUUCCCGCGAUAAAAAUCUGAUAGAAAUCUCUCCAACUUUGUUCUCUCCUCCUCCCACCCAAGAAACUGUCUAAUUUUUUUGCAGCUAAUGAACGUGGGUUUCGACGUGGCAUCGCAUCUCUACCCGUGGCAAUGUUUCAUUUUCCACGACGUCGAUUUGUUGCCAGAGGAUGACAGGAAUUUGUACACGUGUCCAGUGACACCAAGGCAUAUGAGUGUGGCGGUGGAUAAGUUUAAUUAUAAGUGAGUGCGGGGAUAUUUUGUAGGCUAGUUAUAGAACUUUAAACAUUUUUUUGGAUUUUCAACUGACUUUUGGUUUUUUCUAAAAGUUUUUAAAAUUCAAAUUAAGAGCUCCUGAAAUAUGUUAAUGAUUAAAAAUUUGAAAAAAUUGAUUUUAAAAAUUAUAUCAUCUGAUUUGAAUACAAUAUUAAUUUUCUGCAAAAUUUAUCGAUUUUUUAAAAGCCUUAUGAAUUGGCUCACAAUUUUUUUGCAGACUCCCAUAUUCUGCAAUUUUCGGCGGAAUCAGUGCUCUCACCAAAGAGCAAUUCGAACAAAUCAAUGGAUUUUCGAACGAUUUUUGGGGUUGGGGAGGAGAGGAUGAUGAUUUAGCAACAAGGUUUGUAGUUUUUGCAUUUUUUUGGGUAAAAUCGGCAGCUGUUCAGCUGUUUUUUGAUUUAUUAAUGAGUUAUUACACUUUUGGGUCAAUAUAAUUAAUUUUUACAACAACAAAAAAAAAUGAUUCAUAGGAAAUGCAUCUAUUUUUAUAAUUUGUUGAAUUUUUAAUCCUCUUUGGAUUAAAAUUGAAAAAAUUAUUGAACAUUUUAAAAAUUCAGAUUUCUUGGAGAAUGGAGAAAAAUGGGGAAAAAAGCAGGGGAAAAAAAUUUAAAAAUUUUCAAAAAAUCGAUAUUUUUGAUCUGAAAAUUUAUAUCGAUUUGUUUGUUGGAAGCCAAAAAUUUUCAGAACAAAAAUUCAAAACAAAAUUGACUUUUGAAAUAUGCUUAAAAUUUUUCAAUACUUAAUUUUUUCCAACAAAAAAUAAUUAGCUUAAAAAUGUCACAAAAAUUCCAAAAAAUCGACCCUAUAUGAUUUUUGAAACAAUCAAAUUUUCGAGAAAAACACCCAAGAUCCAUCUUAUAACUAAUUCCAAAAAAUGUUCUGCAGAACCUCCGAAGCUGGUCUCAAAGUAUCCCGUUAUCCAUCCCAAAUCGCUCGCUACAAAAUGAUCAAACAUUCCAAAGAAUCCACGAAUCCAAUCAAUAAGUGUCGCUACAAAAUCAUGUCUCGAACAAAACAACGCUGGAAAACCGACGGAAUUUCAUCGCUUCAUUACAAACUCAUCGAUCUUCAACUCCACAAAUUGUACACUCAUGUGAUGGUGGAUUUGUUGGAAGUGCAAAGCCGUCAAAAACUCCGUCAAAUUCUACCAACUUGUUAUUAA